ACACAAAAUCCAAGCGCAAAUUAGCAAUCAGCGGCACCAACAAAUGCUCACAGCUUCACCGCCACUUGCUUCUUUCUCUCUCUACAGAAACAGCUUUCUAUCAAAAAAUGGAGUAAAAUUCCCCAAUUUCUUUCCCAAAAUCCUGGAGAAUAUUAACAAUGGCUUCGGUUAAGAUGUUGAAAGCCGGUUUAUAUCCGUUUUCUGCUUCGCCAUCGUCUUCUCGUAGGAAUGAACGGUUUGGUUGCUCUGGUACAAGAAGAAUUGUCAAGUUCAGCUCAAAGUUAUCGACUAACAGAGUGCUCAAGGUUUCUUGCAGGAUUCAAGAUGCUGAUAAUAGUGAAAGAAACGGUGAAGAACCUCCGGAAUCUUUGUUUAUGAAGGAAUUGAAACGACGCGGUAUGACUCCCACUUCAUUGCUCGAUGAAAGCUGGACAGCUUCCAAUAACAAGGAGAUGAUGUUUAAGGAUGAAGAUGGAAACAUUUCAAGUUCAAACAAUGUAUCAACAGAUUUUGAGAAAAGCCUAUCUAAUCAAAGGGAGCGAUCCAUGGCUUUGAACAGUGAGGGCCUUGAGGGAUUGAUUCCGCGUGCUAACCUCUUGCUAAGGCUUGGAGGAACAUUCUUCUUAGCAUUUUGGCCACUGUUCCUUGUAACUGUUGCAUCCUUCUCUGCUAUUUACCUUUAUUUUGGACCAAAAUUUGUCCAUGAUGGUACCGCAAGACAAGUACAGCUACCCCAAUAUAUUGAUCCAUAUGCACUUCUAGAAGAUGAACGGAUGUCCCAAACUUCACCAAUGUUAUAUUGAUUAUGUCAGCUUCCUGUAAAAUUGUAUGACAAUUGCUGUUGCCUUGUACUUUUCCUUAUAUAUACUUGUGAAAAUAAGGGUAUGGUCAGUAGCCUUUGCACAGAUUUUUGAACGAGAUCUUGCAUAAAAUAGUUGUAGCUUGUUAUAUCAUUAUGCACGUUGGGUGUCUGCUGUUAAAAGUUUGUUAACCGUCU